CCGCCUUCUUCGCUCGCACACAGAGGAGAGGACGGAGCUGACACCAUCAGACCCGGGACACGGCUGCGGAGGAUUCUGGCACAGCGGGAUCGCUUAUCGGACCUUUUCUAGGACAACUAUCUGAAAUGACCGCGAUCUGAUCCUUUCUUCUUCUGUCUUCGCCUCACUUGAUCUCUGGUUCCUUCUGUUUCCGCUGCUUUCAGGUCUGAGCAGGAUCCAGGACCACUUAUCUUUGUAGAACAGAGAUUCCCGUCUUCCACCAUGAAUCCGGUUUAUAGCCCUGUCCAGCCAGGGGCUCCCUACGGAAAUCCAAAAAACAUGACCUAUGCAGGUUACCCCGCUGGAUACCCCACAGCUGCCCCUACCUAUAAUCCCAACAUGUAUGCCACCAGCACCCAAGGCUAUGCCCCAGCGACCCUCCUGAUGAAACAAGCGUGGCCGCAGACUCCUUCUUCGUCCUGUGCCAACGAGGGCACGUUCCAUCUUCCUGUCGAUUCUGGGACCGAGAACAGGACUUAUCAAGCUUCUUCUGCCGCAUUCAGGUACACCGCCGGAACCCCAUACAAAGUGCCACCUGCCCAGAGUAAUAGUGCCCCACCACCAUACUCUCCAUCUCCAAACCCCUACCAGACAGCAAUGUACCCCAUCAGAAGUGCCUACCCUCAGCAGAAUUUAUAUGCCCAGGGUGCGUACUACACCCAGCCUGUGUAUGCGGCACAACCCCACGUCAUCCACCACACCACUGUGGUCCAACCAAACAGCAUUCCUUCUGCAAUCUACCCCUCCCAGGUAGCUGCACCGCGAAGCAAUGGAGUCACUAUGGGAAUGGUCGCUGGGACUACCAUGGCCAUGUCAGCAGGUACAUUGCUGACCACACCUCAGCACACCGCCAUAGGAGCACACCCCGUCUCUGUGCCAACCUACAGAGCCCAAGGGACCCCAGCUUACAGCUACGUACCCCCCCACUGGUAAACCUGCUGACCUGUCCGUGUCCGGAGUAAAACCUUGUAUGCAAACUGCUCAAGUCUUACAUCGGUGCUGGAACAACCGGCCGACGGCACCAAGUUUGUCUACAUGAACAAAACGACUAAACACAAAAGUGCAACGGUCACUUUAACUAAUCUUUAGUGUUUGGGUUUGUUUUUUUUUGUUUUUUUUAAAAAGCUGCUUUUUCUGUAACCUCUUUGGUUUUUCCCACACACCACCGCAGGCACCGCGUCUCCUCCACCAUUUAUCUAGACGCUCGUGCCGUCACAGGUUCCUCCACCUUAACCAUCGUCGUAACUUUGUUUUCAUCUAAGUCAUUUUAUUACACUAGACGUUUCAAAUUUUU